GCACGUCCAAAGAUCAAAAUGGCAACAAAGAGUGAGAUCGAAGACGAGGCGAGUGCGACCACUCCGGUCGAGGAAAAACCCUCCAAGGAAUCGUUAAGUCAGAUGGUGGACAGUGAAAGUAAAGAUGACACAGAUCUUGAUCUGUUGUUGGACAGUGCUUUGGGUGAUUUUGACAAACCUCUGCAACCAGCCACAUUGGAAAAACCAGAGGUUGCAUCAUCAAGUCCAGGACUCAAUAUAAUGACUACAUCCAAAGAACAGGAGGGUGAAAAGAAGACAGAAAAACAGACAAAAGAGGGACCACAACUCCCGCCAAAUCAGGAUGCGCUCUUCGAGGCCCUCUUCAAUGAGAGCCCCGGUGCCCAGCAGUCCGUUGCGGACUUUGAGAACGUCCUCUCUGGUCUGAUGUCUGAGCUUGGUGAGGGUUUCGGGGGAGACCCCCAGAUGGCCUCCGAGAUGCAGAGGAUGUUCCAGACCAUGGCCGCGGGAGCAGGAGCAGGAGCAGGUGCAGGAGCAAUGCCAAAUCCAGCUGCAGGGACUCCUGCAUCCACAACUAGCAACACAAGUGAUUCCAACACAACUCAAACCCCGGAGGAUGUGACUUCAACACUCACAGAUACUCUCACCAGACUAGCACAGAAUGCCAAGGACCUACAGGAGGGUGGGGUGCCUGAUGAAGAGCUCUUGAGAUCGUUUGGAGGUAUGAACAUAGAGGGAGACAACGCUGAGCUACUACCCAUGGUCCAGACUAUGAUGCAGAGUCUACUCUCCAAAGAUAUACUUUACCCUUCAUUAAAAGAAGUAGUAGAUAAGUACCAGGGAUGGUUAGAUGAGAAGAAACCCACACUUAGCAGUGAAGAUCACCAAAGAUAUACGGAGCAGCACAGACUGAUGUCAGCACUGUGUGUGGAAUAUGAGGCGGAGCAAGAUUCAGACGGCAGUACAGUCAAACAGGAGAGAAUGGGAAGGAUUAUGGAGCUUAUUCAGAAGAUGGAGAGCCUAGGACAGCCCCCGGCUGAGAUUGUAGGUGACAUGAAUGCCGGUAUGCCUUUUGAUGAGAACGGCAUGCCACGGAUACCGGGAAUGCCUCAAGGGGACCAGUGCAGUAUUAUGUAAUCAACCAAUCAAACUUUUGAAAUGACUGGAGAAAAAAAGUCUAUGAAGCUUUAUUUGAUCGUCCCUGAUGAUUGGACCAUCGGUACUUGAAUGCCAUUGGUGAUCAGGGCGCCGGUACGUAAUCAACUGUUGCAUCAUGGGUAAACGAAAUUCCAUUAUGAAGUGGACCAGCGUGUAAUCAAGGAUUGCACCAUGGAUACCUGGAAUGCUUUCAUAUGUAUCACAUCAUCUUUGUGGCUUUAUGGUCUCACAGAUAUAAGAUUACCAAAGCUGCACUAUGAUCAUAAUCAUUCUUGGAAUCGGGAACUAUGAAAGAUUCUCCAAGAAACAGAUCUUCUAAAAUUUGGGACUCGCUUAGGAGCUGACCAGAGCAAAUACAACUAGCCUGAUGCAAUAAAUUCUAGUUAAUUGGACACUGUCUCCAAAGCGAUGGCAUAGAAAUUGACUUUGGCAGGAAAGAUAGAGGGAAGGAGGGUGAGAGGAAGACAAAGAUUGCUUAGCUUGAAAGAAGAAAUGAAGAAUGGAGUGAGAGACCACUGAUAAUUAUAUAAAACGCACAAAAUAGAGAUGUUUGGUGAGGAUUGGUUGCCUAUGUCAAAGAGAGAGAGAGAGAGAGAAAAAAGAGAGAGGGGAAGGAAGAUUUCAGUACCACAGUACAGGCCAUGUUCACAUUUGUAGACUUGCUACUGCACAAGUCGCUGUAUCACUUGCUUCACAAAUCAUCUGUUAAUGAAAUUCCAUUUUGAGAGAAUAUGGCUUAAAGUUAUUCUGAAUUAUGAACAUGUAUAUGUUAUAGCUUGGUUGUUUUGACCAACAAAAUACAUGUAUAAACAAACAGAGUCUUACUGAAAUUGCAUUCAUUGAAAAGCACAAUCGUACAUUCAACUUGUAAACUUCAUGUUAUUCUGGUGGAUUGGGACAACUAUCUAAAUUUUGGAAUCUUCUGCAACUCAUUCAGGCUUGUUCACACGCCGAGUUUUAAGCGCACUUGAGCUUUAAUACAACACUUCACAUUCUUGUAUCUUAUACAUCCAGUGUUUUGUGUCAGACCAUUGUUGCGCGCAGAUACUUAUUUCCAUUCCCAUUGCCAUUCUUUUACGUUUUCUUUUUACGUUUUCUGCCUUAAGUCAGUGUGAAUGAGCUUUUCUUGGGCCAUUUUAUAUUUUCUACCUUACUCUUAUGUCAGAGAUAAUUAAUGAUCAGUCUUAAACAGUCGGUUUAAGUUUCAUUUGAUUUUUGGUCUUUUGUGUUCUGUCGUCAGAUCCCAAAGAGUAUAUCUUGAGGUUUGUGGAAGAUUAUAAUGUUGUUUCUUUUUAACCAAAUUAUGAUUUCUUAUUGUACAUCAUAAUAUAUAAAUUUUGUAUAAUGGAAAUAAAUUAUUUUAUUGAAUUCAAACUCA